CAGCCCAGCUAGAGACCGCGUCGGACGCCGCGGGCGGGGUUCACCCUGACCUAUGGAGUUAGUGCGGAGCGGUGUGAUAGCGGCGCGGUGAGCUGUCUGUUAUGCCUUAAACUUAUGAGUAAGGAAAAUAACGACCCGGGGUGACGCCCGGGUCCUCACUCCGAAUGUGAGAUGAAUUUUUGCGCGGGUACAGGUCGCCCCCGGGUGCCCCGCUUACUUCGCGGGAUGCCUGGGUGCCGUGAUCUGCCCGACCCUUCGUGGCGCCCGUGACAAGGACAGAACUACAACUACCGGCAUGCACUGCGCCGCCAGCCAUGCGCGGGCGGGAGCGCACCUGCGCCCCGCGGUGGGGCACGGGACAGAGUAACUCCAUGUAAACGCCGUGUAAAAAUCAGAAGUACUUUAAGCUGGUCAUGCUGAAACUUCUGCUUGCCUGUACUGGACAACUUCCCUAUCAUUUGCCUUCUACAACCUGGAAAAAUGAAAUAUUAAUGCACUGCUCAUCUGAGUCGACAGCAUUUUAAAAGAUGUCCUGAGUGGGGGAUGUCUAACUUACUAGCUCUGAAAAGUGGGAAAUUCAUGGCAGAAAGAACAGCAGAGCAUGGCAUAGCAGCUGUUUCAUCUUCGUAGGUGCACUGCAUCUUUCUUGUCCACGUGCUCUAAAUACCUUCUGUUCAUCUUCACUCGGCUUUAACUGGUACAGACCAAAUCUGCCAGGUUUACUGGGGAACAGAACACAGGUUUAAGACCCCAAAGACACCUAUGAGCAUCUUGUUCAACUGGAAGCAAGAGUUCAAAUAUUUUGGCAAUGAUGCUAUGAUGAAGGACAAGAGCGUUCCCUCAGCCAAGCUGAUAGCUGGUACCUCUUCUAGAACUUCAGGAUGAAGCUGUGCAACAUGACAGUGAGACCUUUACUUUGGCACCUGACCUACAACUACAGGGCUAGUCCUGCUCCUCAUGUGGUUGGUUUCUUUCCUGAUUAAAAGUGAUUAGGUAGCUCUAAAACCUGCAGAAAUGUGACAGAGGGGAACAGAGACAAAGAGACCCUUCAAGAUCUCUUAAAUCCCCAGGGCAGUAUUUAGGGAGCCCAGAGGAGAGAACUGAAGCAGAAGGACCCCGCCAGGACCUCCCUGUCCUUGUCCCUUCUGCUGCACCCUCUGUUGCCAACAUCUCUUGCACCAUGUCUCUCUCUGAAGCAGAGGUGCAAAGUGCUCGUGGUGCCUGGGAGAAGAUUUAUGUGGAUGCUGAAGACAAUGGGACAGCUGUGCUGGUCAGGAUGUUUACCGAGCACCCAGACACCAAGUCCUACUUCACACAUUUCAAAGGCAUGGACUCUGCUGAAGAGAUGAAACAGUCAGAUCAAGUCAAGGGCCAUGGCAAGAAGGUUUUCAGUGCCAUCAAUGACAUGGUGCAACAUCUGGACAACUCUGAGGCUUUUCUUGGGAUACUGACCCCACUUGGCAAGAAACAUGCCAGCCAGCUGAAGAUUGACCCCAAAAACUUUAGGAUUAUCUGUGACAUUAUCUUACAAUUGAUGGAGGAGAAAUUUGGUGGAGACUGCAAAGCUUCCUUUGAGAAGGUGACCAAUGAAAUCUGUACCCACCUGAACAAUAUCUACAAAGAGGAGGGUUGGUGAGGAUGUGCACCCUCCACGCUCUUCAAAAAACUUGCCAGCGCUGAUUUGCUGCUUUUGGGACCCCAGCCACAGGUGGAAAAAUUUAAAUUUAAAAAUAAAAAAGGCAAGAAAAAAGGCUUA